ACCCCGCCCACCGCCGAUAUCGCUGCCGGGGCACGUGUCUCUUCCUCUCUGCUCUCGCGCUCGUGGUGGAGGCAGCAGGCGCGCUUCAGCAUGCAGAACGACGCUGGCGAGUUCGUGGACCUGUACGUGCCGCGGAAAUGCUCCGCCAGCAACCGCAUCAUUGGUGCCAAGGACCACGCGUCCAUCCAGAUAAACGUGGCCGAGGUGGACAAGGUCACCGGCAGGUUUAAUGGCCAGUUUAAGACUUACGCUAUCUGCGGGGCCAUUCGCAGGAUGGGUGAGUCCGAUGACUCCAUUCUCCGAUUGGCUAAGGCAGAUUGCAUCGUCUCAAAGAAUUUUUGACUGGAGAGAAUUGGAGAUGCAGAAUAUUUGUCAUAAAUAAAUAAUGAAAAGCCA